AUGGGUAUUUUAAAGGCGAUAAAUGUUUCUUACCCCGAAAAUGCUUUGCUCACCGAAGCCGGUAUAUUUUGUGCUCUUUGUCUUAUUGAAGUUGUUCGUAUAUAUUUAGGACGAAGAGGAAAUUUAGCUAGUAAAAAAGUACCAGUCUUCUUUUCUGUGAUACUAACAAUACCUUCAGCAGUUGGAGUAUGCUACUUCCUAAUAUACCAGACAUACAUACUCCGGCUGGAAUACAUUUGGUGUGCUGUGAUGCUAAUGUUUCAAGCAUUGGAACUGGCUUUCGCAAUUCUCUUCAUCUUCACUGUGUGUAAAAAUCAACAAUAUGAAUAG